GAAAACUUAUAAUUCCGUGUUUUUUUCAACUCAUUUUUUAAGGAAACACUUUUAUUUAAAUUUUUAAAAGCAACUUGUUGGUUAUAAAUUAAUCGACUUACCUUAUAAGGACCAUUUUGAUUUUUAAUCAGAUAAGAUCAGUUAAUGGUUCUUUUUUUUUUUUUGAAUCAGCUGUUGUACUUUUUCGUGAAUCAUAGCAUACCAAGGCGUAUUCGGUAGUAUUUGUCGUUGAAUUUGUGAAACUACUAUGAAAUCGCACAAUGAAAAAGAAGCGGAAAAUAAAGUAGAACAACAAAUCUCAUUAUAUGAUCAGCUUGAGCAAAACUUUCAAUAUUUUUUGACUGAAAAAUGUUGUGAAACAGUUCUAUCAUUGAAUAUUAGAGAGGCAGUCACAAUAAUAAAAGCAGGAAGUUGGUUAACCAAAAGAAAACGACGGUUUUUUGUUUCAACUAGAGCGACGUCAGUGUUUUUACGAGUGGAUAUGGAAUUUUUAUCCGUUAUUUGGAGUCGACAAAAAAUUUCUGUUGUUAAAACAAAAUCUUUAAAAUUAGCUCAUGUUCUUAGAAUUGUGCCAGGCUUUAGUAAAGUUCCAUCUGAAAAAAAAAUUUCGAGUAAUGAUAAAGAAUUCGGCAUUUCUAUUAUAUCUCGAAAACGUGUGGAUACUUUUAUAUUUCAAGUUUUCUCCGACUGGACUAUGUGGCUAAAAGGCUUGUGUUAUGCUCACUACAAAAGUCGGGUUAAAUCUCGUGAUUCUUCUUUAAAUUCUAUUGAAAAUACUCUUUUGCGAUAUUUAUGGGAUAAAUCCGAUUUGAACGCUACGGACACAAUGCAAUUUAACGAGUAUGCUUCUUUAUUAAAUAAUUUAAAAUACGAAGCGGAUCCAUAUUAUAUGAAAUACGUGUUUUAUCAAUCUAUUGAGGACGCAUCUUAUUUGUUAGAAUAUUCCGAAUUUGUUUCAAUGAUUCUUUCAAUUUUAACAAGCGAGUGUCUUAAGGAAGAUUUUUUUAAAUAUUGCAGUGGAGGAGUGUCGAAACCACUCAUGACAGAUGAUGAAUUUACUCUUUUUCUUCAAGCAUCACAAAAAAUUUUACCAAAUCAAACUCAAAGGGAGGUGACGAUUAUACAAUCCUACACCCUUCCGUUCUAUACAGGGGCAACCAACUUAUUUACAAAAUCUUUACAAAAUCGUUUAACAUUUAUGGGAUUUUAUAGAUACAUUACAAGUCCCGAGAAUAACGCCUUUUGUACCCUUCGAAUGAACCGUUAUCAGUCAAUGAAAAAACCAAUACAAAACUAUUGGAUACGCACUCUUUAUCGAUGGCUAAAAAAAACUGAUACUUCUGCCACUGCGCUAACAAGAUUAUCAUAUGCUUUACGGCAUGGGUACCGUUCUGUUAUUAUUCCUUGUAUUGUUUACAAAAACCAUGUUAUUUGUCCAACUGGAUCUCGAACAAAUGUUACUCCUAGUGCUAUUUUAUUAAAAGAUGUACUUGAGACAUUACUAAACAACUCGUCUCCGGAAACAAAUAAUCUGCCUAUUUUUCUUAUUUUUUUAUUACGCAAUGAGCAAGAUGCGAACCAUGUUGCAUCUCUGGUUAUUUCAGUAAUGCAAAAUAGGCUGGUAGGCUUAAGAGCUUCCCAUGAUUCCGUGUCUUCUGAAAAAAAUGUUUUUGAUUCACCUGAUUCUUUACGUGGUCAUUUCAUUCCAAUAAAAAUAGUAUCAGAUAAAAAACAAUCAUCUUUUUCAGAUAAGACCCAUCAGUCUAAUUUUUUUUACCGUGAUUGGGAAUAUUUGAUAAAUUUAGGUGGUGAAACUAGGUUCGAUCAACGAGAAAUUCCUAUUAACUCUUCCGAUGCUGAUGGCCAAAAUGAAAAUGCAUCUUCUAUGCACAUAUGGACAUCAUGUCAUCAUUUGCUACGAAAUUCCAUCAAUGAUGUACCACAAAAUUAUAAAAAUAAUUUUUAUCUAUCCAACGAUGAAUUGAAAAUGAUUUUUUUGAAUAAUCAGUCAACACAAACAUUACAUGACAUUUUGUUUAAAAAUUCUACCCUUGGGCUUAUUUUUCCUGAAGGUAACACUUUAGCUUGUUUUUGUCCUGAUCCCGUACUUUCUUGGAGUUGUGGAAUUCAAAUGGUGGCAUCCCCAUAUAAAUCUCCAGGCAUCGCUAGUUUAAUACUUGAAUCACGUUUUCGGGAGAAUGGAAAUUGCGGAUAUGUUGCAAAACCAAUGUACAGCAAGGACAAACCUUCCACUUCUUCAUUUUCAGAACAUCCUGUUCGAUUUUCUGUCACUAUUUUAGCGGGUAAACAAUUACCACGCACGGUUAUUGACGAAAAAUUAACACCUAAUGUCAAAGAUUUGCUUUCACCUUACGUUGUCGUAUCCAUAUCCGGUCAUCCUCUUGAUAAAGCUGCGCAAAAAACAUCGUUAGUUUUUGGUAACAGUUUUAAUCCCGUUUGGCCGCCAACCAAUUUCACAUUUAAUGUCGUUCAUCCUAGUAUAGCAUUCCUAAUAUUUCAUGUGCAUCAUUUAGCCUCGUUUCAAAGCAUCAGCAUUGGUUACGCAGCCAUUCCAAUACCCUGUCUCAAGCCCGGAUUACGAUGGGUUCCUCUUAAAGACUCCAGAUUCGCUCCAACUCUUGCGUCUGGAUUAAUUGUUCGAAUAUCUUUUCAUGAAACACUUUAAAAUAAAAAUAGACAUCGACACAUUAUUUUUUUUAAAAUCAAUUGACUUUUUUAUUUAAAGAUAUUUUAACAAGGAUUUUGAACCACGUUCAA